GUUUUAUGUGUAUCAAAUAUUUCCUUCUUCUGAGAAAAAAAAAAAACAAAAAACAAAACAAAACAAAACCAAAGAAAAAGUUGGAAGAACCGAACAAGGUGUUUGAAUGAUACGAAAGAAUUUAGAGUUCGAUGGGUUUGAAAAGUUGAUAUUGAUAUGGUAUCGGAUUCGGAGAAUGAUAAAAGUUCACUUUGCACUUGUGAAUCAAUGGGUGAACUAAAUCAAGAAUUUUGUGAACAAGGACAGCACCCUGAUAGUUUGGAAUCCUUCGGGUGUGUUUCAUGCACUACUUUCAAUAUACUUGCACCAAUUUACAAGCGUUUGAAUGGCGAGAAUUGUGAGAGUGAAUGUCGUGAACUUUGGCUUAGCCGAAAUCAGAGCAUAUUGGAUAGACUUCUUGAUGUGAAAUCCUCUAUUAUAUGUUUGCAGGAAUUUUGGGUGAGGAAUGAAGAACUUGUGAGAAUGUAUGAGAAUGGACUCAAGGAUGCCGGUUAUGUGACUUACAGACUUGCUCGAACAAAUAACAGGGGUGAUGGUCUGCUAACAGCAGUGCACCAGAACAACUUUCGUGUUUUGAAUUACAGAGAAUGCCAAUUCAAUGAUAUUGGUGAUCGUGUUGCCCAGCUUUUACAUGUUGAACUACUUGUUUCUUUGCAAAACGAAUCCGCUGAUAUCGUGAAAGGAGCUAUUGUUGUGAAUACUCAUUUAAUUUUUCCUCAUGAUUCCAGUUAUUGCUUCCUCCGCUUAAAACAGGUAUACAAGAUUUUACAGUAUAUAGAGUCAUAUUGUCAUGAAAACCAUCUUCCGCCUGUCCCUAUCAUCCUAUGUGGAGACUGGAAUGGCAGUAAGAAGGGGAAUGUUUAUAAGUUUCUGCGAUCACAAGGUUUUAUCUCAUCCUAUGAUACUGCUCAUUGUUACACAGACAACGAUGAAAACUCCUUUAAGUGGGUUAGUCAUCGUAACCACAGGGGGGACAUUUGUGGGGUGGAUUUCAUUUGGCUCCUUAAUCCUAAUAAAGGUCGGAAACCACUAAAAGAAAGCUUCAUAGAAGCAGUUCUUGGAAACAUUCAUAACCUACUGGUUAAAGUACCGACUGAAGGUGUUUAUUCACCUCAUUUUCUUGAGACUGAUGGCAGCAGUUACAUAACUUACUCUCAGUUCUCCAGAGCUCUUACUGAGGUAGGUUUAUCAGGGCACCCUCAAGGUGGCCUGAGUAAUGAAGACAUAAAGGAUUUAUGGGAACAUAUAGACACUAAUGGAGAUGGGGUGAUUAAUUUAUUGCACUUUGCUAGGGCAUGGAACCCAUGGACUUUCCUUCAACAGAUCAAAGAAGACAGUGAAGAAAAUGAGACGCGUAUAAAGCAAAUGCUUAACAAACCCACCUCUGCAACUUCUAUCGGUUUCAAUGUCAGUAAAGCUGCACUCUUUCCUCCAGAGGUUGAAAGCGGGAUGUGGCCUGACUAUUAUUUUCUCUCUGAUCAUGCACUGUUGACUGUGGAGUUUUCCCCACUGCAGUUGCAUAAUUCUUGAUCGUCGUGAGUGAAAUUUUUGGUGCCACAUGUGAAGAGUGAUCGAGAUAGGGCAACAUUUUUCUGGAUUUUUGGAGCAGAUUCCUGAUAUUCCUAUUUUAAAAUGCUCAGUUUGAGAUCCUCUGCUAGCCUCUAAAUAUCUUGUGAUUGUGUGAAUUUGUAUACUUCUAUAUUUUUGACUCUACAAAUUUAGAUUUUGCAACAGUAAUAGCUAUUUAUUAUUUCUUGCUGUGAAUUUUGGAUGUACUGUGUCUUUGUACUACAUAGCUCAUAAUGCAGCAUGGUAUAUACAGAUUGACCAUGUUUGUACAUGGUGUUUAACGUAAAAUUUACCGGAAAAUGCAUUUUUUUUUCGUGGUCUCA